AGUGUUGAAGAACAUCGAAAGUAAAGCUACUGAGAUCCAUGUGUCGUAAAGAUGGCGUCUAUUAAAGAGGAGAGUGAAGACAUUAAGAUUGACGAUACUAAGGAAAAAACAGAACUGAACAGUGACACUGUGUAACAGAGAACUGAACUGUGAGAUGUUACUUUUUUGAUACAAGGUUUGAAGCCUUGUUGCAAAAUAUCACUGUGGCGUGUGGGGCGGGGCCGAGAGCCGUGGGAACGGAGCAAGGCUGGUGGAGUGAUUGGAAAUGAGCGACACCUGCUUGACCCACCGGUCUCAAGUCCCACGCACUGCUAAAGAUCCCUCGCCACUGUGGUGAGUCUGCGGGGCCAUCGAGCAGGGCCAGGAAGUGUGCCGCCAUGGACGCUCGAGGCGGUGGGCUGGAAUGAGUUGCCGGGGACAGAUGAGCUCGCUGCCGGCCGCCCGCGAUGUGGAGGGGUGGCAGCCAUCCGUGAGGGAGCGGAGGAGUCGGCGCCAUUCGCCUGAGUGCCGGAGCCUGCUGCCGUCUGCCUGAACGAGGAGGAGCAGGGCAUGGGGGACUCCUGCCGGCUGCCCAAUACUGGAGGAGCCAUCGCCGUCCACCGAGGGCCGUCCAGUGCCACCGCCAGGCACCACGGAGGAGUUCACCCAGCUGGUGGAGGGGCAAGUGGCAGUGUGUCUGGGAACCGUAAUUUUUUUUUUUUUUCCAAGAUAAGCCCAUGCGCAAUGAAGCAUCCUCCUCUCCUGGACGACCUUGGCUGGCGGGCUGCACCGUGCACACAGAGAACGCGCUGCGGGCGGAAGUGAAAAUAAAUGGCCGCCCGUUCCUCGCCCUUCUGUUUUCUGGCAAUGCGGUCAGCCUGGUCAAAACAUCGACUGACCAGGGUACCCCUUAAUGUCUUGGAUGAUGGAGGACAUCUGCAAACUGCUAAAGGUCCAACAGCUCUGCACCACUGUGUACCACUCCCAGACCGACAGGCUCGUCGAGCACUUUAAGCAGAUGUUGCAGAUGUUGUAAGAUAAACGGGACUGGGACCAGAUGCCCCACUACGUGCUCUUCGCCGUUUGAGAAAUACCACAGGCCACCACCGGUUUUACCCCAUUUGAACUGCUCUUCGGCCGACAGCCCCGCGGUCUACUCGACGCUGCCCGAGAGGCCUGGGAACAACAGCCGGCGGUAAACCGAACUACCAUCGAGCAUGUGCGUGUGAUGAGGGAGCGGAUUGACUGAGUAAUGCCCAUCGUUCGGGAACACCUCGUCAAGGCACAGCAGGUGCAGCAAUGGCAUUACAACUGGGUGGCCCGAGCGGGGACGGCCAACGCAAAUGCCGACGGACUCUCCCGCUAUGGUCAGCUUGCGCAGGUCUGUCAGGCUCUACUCCUCACCUUCCCCCAAUCUCCCCGCUUCUCCAGAGGAACAGGACAACGCUGAGGGGGGGAGGGUGACACGUGUCCCGAGCUCUCAUCAGCGUCGCCCUGGAAACUGAGCAGGCACACCUUCACAUCUUCAUUAAGAUCUGAUGCCGCAGAAAGAGGAGAGUGAAGUACUUGAUGGAAUGAAAGAAGAAGGACAAAGAAAGAAAAAUCGAGAUACCGUAACUGAAGAAAUAUCUGAUAAGACUUCCUCACAAAAAAGUAAUUUCACCUGCCAACAGUGUGGAAAGGGUUUCUCUUUAAAGGCAAGCCUGAAAUGCCACAUUAAAGCUCACUCUGGAGAGAGGCCUUAUGCCUGCCAGCAGUGUGGGAAGUGUUUCAUUAGAAAAGGAACCCUUGAAGACCACAUGCGUAUUCACACUAAAGAAAAGCCUUACGAGUGCCCUCAGUGUGGAAACUGUUUCUCCAAGCGAGGAAAUUUAAACACACACAUGAGAGUUCACACUAGAGAGAAGCUUUUUGCCUGCAACCUGUACACUGGAGAGAAGCCUUACGCCUGCAAACUGUGUGAAAAGAGCUUUACAACAAAACUAAACCUUAAGUAUCAUAUAAACAGUCACACUGGUGAGACGCCAUUUACAUGUGAUCAGUGUGAAAGAAGCUUCCGACGUAAGGUAACCCUUAAAAAGCACAUGAAAGUUCACUUAAGAGAGAUCAGUUUUGCUUGUCAUCAGUGUGGAAUGAGUUUCUCAGACAGCAAAAACCUUACGAAUCAUGUGAUCACUCACACUGGAGAGAAACCAUACAUGUGCCUUCAAUGUGGAAAGACUUGCUCAAACAAUACAAAUCUUGCUGUUCACAUGAGAGUUCACACUGGAGAGAAGCCUUUCACCUGCCCUCAGUGUGGAAUGAGCUUCAGAUACAAAGGAAACUUACAGACUCACAUGGGAGUUCACACAGGAGAGAGGCCUUACAUCUGCCCUCAUUGUGGAAAGAGCUUUAGAUUAAUUGGAAGCUUUCGGGUUCACAUGAGAGUUCACACAGGAGGGAGGCCUUACAAGUGUCUUGAGUGUGACGAGGGUUUCACAUAUCAGAGAGACCUGAAAACCCAUCUGCUGACUCACUCUUGAAAGGAAUUCUAGUGUUUCCUCAGUGGCAAGAGAUUUACAAAAUAGAACAAUUUCAAAAAUCACCUGUACAUUCUGUCUAGAGAAUAACAAAUUGUGAAAUAAAAUUUGGCUCUGCAAUUUAAAUGGGACUAGAAAAUACUAGUAAUGCUGUAAAAUGUCAACAAGUUUCAAAUAUGAAUAUUUGUGAGUAGGGAUGCACAAUAUUGGAUAUUUUCCGUUAUUUUUCAACUACUAUAUUUUCCAGACUAUAAGUCGCACUUAUUUUCAUAGUUUGGCUGGUCCUGCGACUUAUAGUCAGGUGCGACUUAUUUAUCAAAAUUAAUUUGACAUGCACCAAGAAAAAUAAUUACUGUCUACUGCCGCGAGAGUGCGCGCUAUACUUCUCAGUGCUCCUGUAGUCUACACCUGAAAACAUAGAGCGUCCUCUCGCGGCUGUAGACUUUAAUGUUUUCCCUUGGUUCUUGGGUCUAAGUGCGAAUUAUAUGUUUAUUUCCUCGUCAUGACGUAUUUUUGGACUGAUGCGACGUGUACUUAGGUGCGACUUAUAGUCAGAAAAAUACGUCAAAUGUAGCCGAUGCCAAUAUAUUUUCAUUUGUUUGUAUGUAAACAAACCAAGGCUCUCCUGUGCAUUAUAUACGAAUUUUUGUUGUUGUUGUUUGUUUUUAAAAACUCUUAUUAGAAUUAAAUAACCAUGAAGUUAUUUUAUAAUUACAGUACAUUGAAAGAUAAAAAAAUAACUAAAUCAA